CCCACAUUGCACAUUGACUGCGCGCCGCAACGCUGCUUCCUCUUGCGACUGCUUUGUUUACUCUUCAUUAGAGAGGCGAACGCUGCCCCAGGCACACCUGACGUAAUAUUUGCACACGACCAAACUCCGCAGCACCUCCGGCCUCCGCAAUGGCCAGCGCGCGUCGAACCUCAGCGUUCCCCACACGUACACCGGGCAGCAACGACCGGCCAGGCAGCAGAGACACAGACAAAGAGGAGAUAUGGAAGCCCAUGCUGGACAAUAUCUCGAGCGGGAAGAGGCUGCCGGAAAAGAGCUUGGUUGUACUAGGUGGCACACCAGAGACACAACGAGAAUUUCUCGAGUCAGUAUCAACAGAUGGCCCGAAUGGCAGGAGACAGCAGGACCGAGGGAAGAAGCCGCCUAUCGCGAAUCAAUUUGCCCUGGGUUACACAUAUCAGGACGUACUCGACACCGAUCAUGAAGACACUCUCGCCCGCCUCUCGCUUUACCUCCUCGCCAACCCCUCGCCGUCAUUCACGCCGCUCAUCAAGCCGUACCUGAACCCACGUACCGUCCCAAACAUGCUCAUCGUCAUAUUGCUAGACUGGAACCACCCUUGGCUGUGGAUACGGCAGCUACGAGACUGGAUACGAGUACUGCGGUCUCUUGUCGUGUCACUCGAUGACGCCUCGAAGGAGGUGCUCCACGACAACAUCGCGAUACUGCAGGACAAGGGGCGCAAUCUUGGUGGAGAAGGCAGCACAUCGAUGGAGAAUGUGAAGAUACCGCUAGGGCCUGGAGAGUGGGACGAGCCGCUAGGACUGCCACUCUGCGUUGUGUGCCAGAACGCUGACAAGAUCGAGUCCCUGGAGAAGGAGCGUGGCUGGAAAGAGGAGGAGUUCGAUUUUAUCCUACAGUACCUGCGCACCAUCUUACUCAAGCACGGCGGCAGCUUGAUCUACACAAUGCCCUCGGCACCUGGCUCGUUGCAGACACUGGUGCACUCGACAUUAGGCAUCAAGUCGCUCCUCAAGCAGGACCAGCUGAGACACAACGUCACAGACCGAGAUCGAGUGCUGGUACCGCCAAACUGGGAUUCAUGGGCGAAGAUCCGUAUCUUGCGGGGGAACUUCGAGGUGGAAGAGAUAAGCGAAAAGUGGAGUAUUGAUAUCGAUGUACCUCAGGGUCCAGCUCAGCCCAACGGGCAACAAGCAGAUGGCGGAGCAGAAGAUGUGGAAGACUCAACAUCAACAACUAGUCAACAGCACGACAACAACUCAGCAACCGCAAUCUACGAGAAGGAGAUCAGGAAUCCGGAGCGCGACUUCACACUUUCUACACUUUCGAAACAAGGAAACGGCAUCGAAGUUACGAGCAUGGAUCCACAAGCCUUCCUCACAGAGCAAGUGCACGUCCUCGACCAGCUGCGACAGGAAGACGAAAAGGACGCUGCGCUCAAGGCAGCGCGGAAAGAGGCCGACCUCUCAGCACGGAACUGGAUCGCGGCUGGGACUAGUGGGGAUGACACAUCUGGCGUUGUCGAAGAGCACAUCGGGCCCGUUCAGUUCAACAUGGGUGGCAUCCACGUCAAUGCCGACGAGAUGGUGAAGAGGCUGCAGGACCGCGAAGCAAGCCGUUCCAGCGAGCCAAAAGCAUCCACUCCAGACGCAUCAGACCCGAACACGAUGAGCAACGAUAAGCUCAUGUCAUUCUUCUCCGGCCUCAUCAACAAGGGUGCUGCCAACAGCCCAGCGCGAGGCUCGUAAGUGGAGUCACUGACCCAGUUGUUGCUCUUGUUUCUAUUGCAUGGUACGGUUGUCUUGUCUAUAUGGUUAUAUACCCACAGCGUAGUCUGCCUUGCAAUCCAAUCCGUCAAUUUUAA